AUGAACGAUUCUCAUUGAUGGCCAAAUCCGUGUAACAACCCCCCCCCUCACCGUUUGUUUUUCAGAACUGAAACCAAUAUUUCUUACCAUUCAAAUGGACUAAAAGUCAUUUCUCCAUUCCAACUGUCAUGAAAAAAAUCUCAAAGCUUCCUUGUCAAUAUCAUGAAACCCUUUUUUUCUAGCUCCCAGAGAGGUUCAAAUCGAGAUGACUUGGAGAGAAUUGCAGCACAAGAGCAGAAGCAAUUCACUUUCGAAACCCUUGUUUCUGCAACCAAUGAUUUUCAUCCCAGUAACAAGCUUGGAGAGGGUGGAUUUGGCCCGGUUUAUAAGGGAAUAUUGCGUGAUGGGAGAGAAGUAGCUGUCAAAAAACUGUCACGGAGCUCAAGGCAGGGGAAAAGAGAGUUUCAGAUUGAGGCAAAGGUAUUGGCACGAGUUCAACACAGAAAUGUGGUGAAUUUGCUGGGAUAUUGUGCUCAGGGGGAAGAAAAAUUGCUUGUUUAUGAAUUUAUUUCAAACGAGAGCCUUGACAAGAUUCUCUUUAAGUCUGGUAAAAGAGAUAUACUUGAUUGGAAAAGAAGGCAUGAUGUAAUUAAUGGCAUAGCCAAAGGGUUACUUUACCUUCACGAAGACUCACAUAAUUGCAUAAUUCACCGCGACAUUAAGGGGAGCAACAUCUUACUUGAUGAUAAAUGGAUGCCAAAAAUUGCGGAUUUUGGAAUGGCCCGACUAUUCCCUGAAGAUCAAACGCAUGUCAAUACUCGUGUCGCCGGCACCAAUGGUUAUAUGGCGCCAGAAUAUGUCAUGCAUGGCCACCUAUCUGUGAAGGCAGACGUGUUCAGCUUUGGUGUUGUGGUGUUGGAGCUGAUCAGUGGCCAGAAGAAUUCAACCUUCAACCAAGAUCCAGGCUCUCAGAAUCUACUUGAAUGGGUAUACAAGCUCUACAUGAAAGGAAGAAGCUUGGAGAUAUUGGAUCCGGUGUUGGCACCAUCUGCCAUACCCAGCGAAGUGGCAAUGUGCAUACAAAUCGGUUUGCUAUGCACCCAAUCCGAUCCACAGCUACGGCCCACCAUGCGACGUGUUGUAGUAAUGCUAUCAAAAAAGCCAGGCACUCUAGAUGAAGAACCAACAAGACCAGGAUACCCAGGGUCUAGGUACAGAAGAUCUCACAGGCCUACGCGAACAUCUUCCACUGCAUCCGAUUCCCACUCAUUUGGAUCCACCAUUGAUAGUGUUAGUGCUAGUGCAAGCACAGUUACUACUACCCGUACAUGCCCGAAAUUAGACUGUGGGAAAUGCCCUGUACAAGGAGGGUAGGGUUAGUCUCUUCUUUUAUGUAGAGUGUAGUUGUAUUCUCAUUAUGCUUCAUUCUUUUUAUGUGUAUAUAUUUCGUGUUUAUAUUGUUAUUAUAUGGAGGACCCUACUGUUGUGGGAUUCACCUG